UUUUUGCUUUUCCAAAUUCAAUAAUUUGGUUAAAGGUUGUAGCUAUCAGAGAACCACAAUAAUCUUUGAUACCUUUUGAAUAUCUCUUGAAUCUCCCUUUUUCCUACAAAAAGAAUGAACGAUUGUUAGCAGGUUCAAAGUGCAGUCCCUAAUUUUUACAAUCAAACUACGAUUCUCAAUUCCCCAGCAAUCUUUUCGAAGAAAACCCAUGGAUUCUCUUUCCUACCUUUCACCAUUUAUGUUACUUUUAUUUUAUUUCACUCUCUUCCAUCACUCUAUGGCUACUACUUUUCUAUCUCAACCAGUUUCCGCCCACGAUCAGCCGUUAAAACCCGGAUAUAACUCAUCCCCAAACACUGUUCCCGCACUCCCGGCCCAAAUCCAAGCUCAAGUUUGCCAGCUCGACCUGUCAACCGAGCUAUUCGGCGGCGUCAACGACGCAUGUGGCCACGACCUGGACAGAAGCCGCUGCUGUCCCGUGUUGGCAGCUUGGCUCUAUGCUGCUCAUGCAAGGUACGCUUUGGAAGUGUCAGCUCCUGCUCCGGCGCAACCUGAGCAGCCCAUGAUGCCGGAUGAUUCCCAAAAGUGUGUGAACACGUUGCAGAACGCAUUGGUAAGCAAGCGAGUCAGGAUUCCUCAGCCGAACGCGAGUUGCGAUGCGAUUGUAUGUUUUUGUGGAAUAAGACUGCAUCAGAUUAGUUCCCUGAGUUGUCCCGCCGCUUUUAACGUUUCCGGUUUGCGAAACGCGACGCCGACAGCAGCGGUGAAGAAUUUGGAGAGGGAUUGCAGGGACUCUUCUUAUGAUGGGUGUACGAAAUGCAUGGGUGCUCUCCAAAAGCUCAAAGGCGGAUACAGCAAGAACGGGAGCACGACGAGCGACCGAGCGAGCAAGAUGUUCAACAGAGACUGCCAGCUGAUGGGGCUGACAUGGCUCCUUUCACGCAACAAAACGGCGUACAUACCCACCGUUUCGGCCGUGCUCCGGGCCAUAAUGUACAGCGCGCACCCUCACGAGUCAAGUUGCAGCCCGGAUCAAGAGAACAUGCCGUUAGCCGUCGAUUCUCUCCAGUUCGAGAAUGCCCCAUCGUCAGCACCGCCGCGGGCGUCUUUCACGUUCCCUGUUUUGUCACUCAUCGUUUUGGUCUCGGUGUUUGGGUAGCGUGGUUGAGUUGUGAAAUGUGAAGUGGCACCUUGCUUUUUGCCAAUUCCCACGUGAAGCUUAUGGAGCUAUCAGACAAUUGAAGAUGGGCUAAUGGACGAUCGGUCUUUUUUGGGUUUUAUCCUUUUCGUCCCCCCCACUGUAAAUUUGAUAUUGAGAUACCCAUAAUAAAUAAAUAAUCAUUAUCGACGGAUUCACA